GCUCGCCGUCGGUAAACACCACUCAGCUGGCACAACAUGGAGGAUCACCCCACACCGGUCGCGUCCGCUCGCUACCGCUCGCUCGUAACCCAACAAACGCCGAUGACUUAUUAACUUAGCGACACGGUAACGCGGCGGACAAUGUCGACGGUGUCCACGUCGUCGCGCUGAGCAUGGAGGGGAACCGCGACGAGGCGCUCCGUUGCCUGGGCCUGGCACGGGCCGCGCUGAGCCGCGGCGAUUCGGAUCGAGGCCGCGUUUUCCUCGCGAAGGCCCAGCGGCUCUACCACACGGCGCAGGCGGCGGCUCUUCUGGUGGAGCUGGACAAGGCUGAAUGGAAGAAUCGCCAUUGGGAGAACCAGAGAGCCUUUCACCACCACCACUACCACACAGCUCACUCUGGACCAGACCCUGCCAACCUCAACGGAACCUCUGCCAAAUCCUACCCCAAUUGCAGGACAACUGGGGAGAUAUCUACCGAGCGCAGCUACACGGCUGAACAAUUGUAUGGCGUCCAGAGGAUAAAUGGCUGCAGGAACAUGUACGAAGUCUUGGGUGUCAGCAGGGAUGUCUCGGACGAUGACCUCAAGAGGGCAUAUAGGAAACUGGCACUCAAGUUCCACCCAGACAAGAACCACGCUCCUGGAGCAACAGAAGCCUUUAAGGCGAUUGGCUGUGCGUACUCCCUGCUAAGCAGCGCGGAGAAGCGGCAUCUGUAUGACCUGCGGGCCAACGAGCGAGAGCAGCGCAUGGGGGCUGAGGAUGGGGCCGGUGGUCCGGGUACUGCGGGACGGGCCAGCCAUGGAGCCAACUGGGGGGGGAGAUACGCCGGGAGUGGGCGACACAGCGGGCGCCCGCGGUUCAACUAUGAUCCCGACCCAGACAUCUCUCCCGAAGAACUUUUCAACAUGUUUUUUGGUCACGCCUUUCAGAGUGCUCGGAGCCAAGCUUAUGAAAACAACCGGCCUCGUCAGUCAGCACGAAACCCUCCCUCUCCAAACAAGCGUAGUUUGGGUGACAUGACAGGCGUGCUACAGUUUUUGCCACUGGUGCUGCUGAUAGUCGUUUCUGUACUUGGGCAGUUCAUGGUCUCGCGACCCACUUACAGCCUGGCUCCUAAUCCCUCGCUGGGACACACAGUCCACCGGCGCACGCAGAGACUGGGCGUGAGUUACUUUGUGAGCGACGACGCGCAAAUUCACACGGACAAGAGGACACCAGCGGUGGCGGAGAAUGACGACGACGGAGAUGAGGCGUGGGGUCGGGGUAAAGCAAUCCCAGAGGCAUGGCGACGCUUGGAGCAGAGCGUGGAGGACGAUUACGUUGGUGGACUGCGCUCAUCCUGCCAGCGCGAGCGCCAAUACAAAAGCGAACUUCUCUACAAGGCGAAGGUGUACAGAGACGAGCGGUACCUUGCCCUGGCGGAAAGCAUGCGCACAGACAGCUGCGACACGCUGGAGCGCCUAAGUCAGCACUUCCGGGGCGGCUGACACAUACCCCGCACGCUCACAUACGCAGUCCUGCCCCUACCAGACACCCAAGCCAGAUCACACCUCGCAUCCUACCUUACCGUGGCAGGGGACCAGUUGCGCAGCAUUAAGAAAUACAAAUUGAAUGUUAAUUUUAUUUUUUGGUGGCAAGAGUUUGGGUGCUAGAAAGGUAAGCAGGUUUACAUGAAAUAAAAUUGGUUUCACUCGGUUCUUUUUGCAAAUGUAGUUUGUCAAAUGAAGUGGGUCUUUUGUUAGAUUUCUGUUGGUAAUCUCUCUGCUUUCAUCAUGCAGCUGCUCAUUGCCACUGGUAUCUACGGAAUUCUUGAGCUAACCACACACGGCAGUAUUGAUAUGUUUUCACCUGUGAUGUGAAAUGAUGAAAGCAUCCUUAUCUCUGGUCCAUUUUGAAGCUUAUCAUUGAGUUUGUGUGCAGAUAUGCGAGCCAGUCAUUUCCAUCUGCAGGUUUUGGGUGCAUUUGCUUUACGAGUUUAAUGGAAAAGCUAUUGACAGUAGUGAAGGAAAUAGUGAUGGUUGAUGUUAACAGUGACCGAGAUGCUGUAGACAUAUAGGUAGUGUUGCUAAGGAUGAUUGUGUAAAAAAUAUAUCGUUAAGUAUUCUCCCGUUGUAUAUUGUGUGAAAAUGUCCUUCAAAUCUGUGUGCAUAUUGUUCGUAUUUGACCUUAUCUUAUUUAUUCCAAUAUCCAGUUAAUUUAUUACAAUAAAUUCUAAAUGCACUCA